AUGGUGAAGCAACUCAAGUUCAAGAAGCACAAGAUGCCAGAAUUGGAGGAGGGCAGAUAUUUGGUAGAGCUGGGCAUCGAGCUUAUUAUACUCACAUAUGGAACUGUUGUACAACAACUGUGCAAAGACUUUGAAAAUGAUGAAGAUAUCAAUAAAGAACUCGAUAAAAUGGGGUACAAUAUAGGUUCAAGACUGGUUGAAGAUUUUCUAGCUCGAACAAGCAUUACGCAAUGCCGUAAUUUCCAUGAAACAGCAGAAGUCAUUGCUAAGGUUGCAUUCAAGAUGUAUCUUGGUGUGGCUGCCAGAGUGACAUUUUGGACUCUGGCUGGAGAUGACUGCUCACUAUUCUUGGAGAAAAACCCACUGACGGACUACGUGGAAAUCCCCAACAAGCAUUCCUGUCUGCUCUACUCCAAUAUGAUCUGUGGCAUCCUGAGAGGGGCACUGAAAAUGGUCCGUCUGCCAGUGGAUGUUCAACUUCUUCAGGAUUCUGUCAAAGAGAACAACAUAACAGAAAUAAGAAUGAGGCUGGUGAGAAGACGCAAAGUGGCUCCUACUGCUGAUAAGCAGCGAGAAUAG